AUGUCCCCAAGCAUUGAGUACCUUCAACAGACUGAUGACAAAGACUUAGAUGGGACAGUCACAUUUUCUGAAGGAAUUAUAACAUUUGCACAAUCUUUCUAUGUUCAUGCCAGUACUUUGGCUCUCGCACACAUCCCAAAAACACACAAACUAAGAGAGACUGUUGACUAUAAUACUGGUCCUAUACGGGUGAGGGAAAUCAAUAUGUCUGAGGCAGCUGUCAAUAUUCAGUCUAACGUCUCUACAUUAUUGAUCACUGGAUUUGGCCAAAUGGGCAACCUGAAAUAUGUGUAUUUUGCUUUAGCCCUUUUUGCAUUCAUUCUUACAAUUUAUGUCAAUGUAGGAUUGAUUGUAGUCAUCUGGUUAAAAGAAAGCCUGCACCAGCCCAUGUACAUCUUUCUAUGUCAUUUGUCUCUCAAUGGCCUAUAUGGGAGUAUAGCCCUGUAUCCCAAAUUGCUGCAUGACUUCCUCUCUGAAGUGCAAGCCAUAACUCGCAUUGGCUGUCUUGCACAGCUGUACUGCAUCCACACCUAUGCUGCAUUAGAAUGCACCAUACUGACAGUGAUGGCGAUUGACAGAUUCUUGUCAAUCUGCAGACCCCUGCAGUACCACAGCAUCAUGACAUCAUUAGCAGUGUCCAGCUUACUUAUUUUUACCUGGGUAUUUCCUCUUUGUGUAUUUGGUGUAACCGUAGCCCUAACCUCUCGCCUUCCUUUGUGUGGAUAUAUUAUAGAGAAAGUUUACUGUGAUAACUGGUCUUUAAGUCGACUGUCAUGUGUCAGCACCACAACGGAAAGCAUGUACAUGGUGUUUGUUACAGUCAUCUUUCCUGGGAUGCCUUUCCUCAUUGUAAUCAUUUCAUAUCAACAGAUUCUCCAGGCUUGUUUGAAGGCUUCCCCUAAAGUCAAAGGCAAAGCAUUUAAUACCUGUGCCCCUCACAUCAUUACAUUUGUCAACUACUGUGUGAAUUUGCUUUUUGAAAUUAUCAGCCUGAGGCUAGGUGACAAAAAUCUUCCAUCUGCCCUAUGCAGCUUCAUGUCUCUGCAACUUUUCAUAGUGCCUCCUUUGCUCAAUCCCAUUGUUUAUACAAUUAGGCUAACAGAGAUUAGAAGUGCCGUGGUCGAAGUAAUUCAAAGGACAAGGCUCAUCAUAUGUCUUCACUCACCUUAG